AUGUUGGAAGGCCCGAAAUUCACCGGGAUCAUAGACUUGAACACCAACCAUGACAAUUAUGACUUCUCCCAGAACUUCUACCGCAAGCUCAAUGAGGGCUCGAACAUGUCGGUCGACAGUUACGGUAGCCUGCAGAUGAGCAACGGCGGGGGAUCUGUUGCCAUGUCCAUGGGCAACAGUAGCGAGGGGUCCAAUGGCUCGAACACCCGCAUCCUGGGCCACCAGGGCUUGAAACGGGUAAGGGAUUAUUCAGUGGCCGCUAGUAACAACCAAAAUGGGCGAGCCUCCCAGCUGAGUCAUGAUGCCCUCGCCCGGGCUCUGAUGGACCCGAGCUACCCCACUGGGGACCUUGGAAACUAUGACGAGUGGACGAUCGACUUGCGGAAGCUCAACAUGGGGCCUGCUUUUGCUCAGGGGGCUUUUGGGAAACUGUAUAGAGGCACUUACAACGGUGAGGAUGUUGCGAUCAAGCUUCUGGAAAAGCCCGAGAAUGAUGUCGAGCGGGCGCAGCUGAUGGAGCAGCAGUUCCAGCAGGAGGUGAUGAUGCUGGCUAAUCUGAGGCAUCCGAACAUCGUUCGGUUUAUUGGUGCGUGCCGUAAACCGAUGGUUUGGUGCAUUGUUACUGAGUAUGCUAAGGGAGGUUCAGUUCGACAGUUCCUGACGAAGAGGCAGAAUCGCUCUGUGCCACUGAAGCUGGCGGUCAAGCAGGCCUUGGAUGUUGCCCGGGGGAUGGAAUACGUGCACGGUCUGAAUCUGAUUCACAGGGACCUGAAGUCGGACAAUCUCUUGAUAGCUGCUGAUAAGUCUAUCAAGAUUGCGGAUUUUGGGGUGGCUCGUAUCGAGGUGCAGACCGAGGGUAUGACGCCGGAGACGGGCACUUAUCGGUGGAUGGCCCCGGAGAUGAUCCAGCACAGGCCCUACACCCAGAAAGUAGACGUGUACAGCUUCGGGAUUGUGCUUUGGGAACUCAUCACAGGCAUGCUCCCAUUUCAAAACAUGACAGCCGUGCAGGCGGCAUUUGCGGUGGUCAACAAGGGGGUCCGCCCCACCAUCCCAAGCGACUGCCUUCUUGCCCUCAGCCAGAUCAUGACCCGCUGUUGGGAUGCCAAUCCAGAUGUCAGGCCCUCAUUCAGCGAAGUUGUUAGGAUGCUCGAGUCUGCCGAGACCGAGAUCUUGACUACUGUCAGGAAGGCCCGUUUCAGGUGCUGCGUCAGCCAGCCGAUGACCGCAGAUUGA